AUGACGUAUCCGGACAUAUCAAUUAUCGAAUCAACACGAUUAGUCGUUCAAAGUGAAGAAAAAGCUGUUCCUUUAUCUCUUCUCGACUGCACCGCCGCCAACUUCUCCAACACCACCGCGAUCUGGCUUUACGAAAAGCCAACCCGACCCGCCCGCAACGAGAAUCUUUUUGGCCGUCACCUGCGCAGAGCAUUAUCCACCACUCUAGAGUCUUAUCCUCAAUGGUGCGGACAUUUGAAGGCUGUCGAGUCCACGGACGGGACUGUCCCACCAGAAGCCCAGCACUUCCCUCCACAUGCACGACGCUUUGGACGCUUGUACGCGCAUUUCGGAACCGAAAAUGAUCCUGGUGUGGAAUUUGUCUAUGCUAAAAGCUCUGUUGCGAUCGAUUCUUUAUAUCCCUCUGACAGAGUCUCCAAGCAACCCGUUUGGCCCUGCAAAUCUACACUGUUCCAACAGUUCAUUCCAUCUGUGCCGAUAGCUCAGCCACUAAAUCAUGUCAUCAAAAAUGAAAACGGUACAUUAUAUCCUCUCCUCGCAGUACAGAUAACCGAAACGACUUGCGGUGGAUUUGUUCUGGCUUUGAACGGUUCGCAUCCUCUCGCUGAUGCUACAACCUUUAUGUCUCUUCUCAAAGACUGGGCUUCCGUCAGCCAAUCUUUACUUAGCGAGGAGUCUCCCAUUCGGCUGGCUCCCAUCUUCGACCCUGCGGUCGUCGAUAAACUCGCCGCCGGAGACAUCAAUGUUGAAUAUCCAGACGAAAGUCUUGUAAAGCAAGCCAAAUCGUUGCCGAUGCACAGAUAUGACUGGUGGGCUCCGGGGUCAGCUCCUCCCUGGCCAUUCAAGAUUCCGAAGCUUUUCGACAAGCCAGACCUCGAGCCAGUAGGUAAUGUCAUGCCUUGGGAAGAUUGGGAUAUCACUUCUCCAGUAUCUAAGUGCGUUGUUCAUUUCAGCAAGGAACAAGUCAACUUUCUAUGGGGCAAGGCAAAGGAGGGUUCAACACAAAAGAUCAGCCAACACGAUGCAGUCUUGGCUCAUAUAUGGUCCUGCAUAGCCCGCGCGCGGCGCUUAGAGAACGACAAAACUCCUUUCCACUGCGACCUCGUCUAUGGCAUCAGGCCAUCCUUUCAGCUAAAUAACAAAUUUGUUGGGUCGCCUAUUGUUAUGACGAACAUCGAAAUUCCUGCAUCACAAGUCUGCGACCGCCCCAACACGACCGACGUAGCCGGUCACGUCCGCGAUACCCUCAAGAUAAUCUCUGAUCGAUCAAACAUAUCCGCCCACCUCCAUGCACUCGCCUACGAGAAGUCUCCUCAGCGAAUAUGGCAAGCAUUUCUGGGUCGCCGUCAUAUAUUGGUAACGACUUGGGCAAGAGCAGGGGUUUACGGGAUCGAUUUCGGGCUUGGUUCUACAUGUGUCUAUACCGAAGGUAUUGUACCAGAGAUGGAUGGGAAUGUGUUAAUCAAGGAAGCGCCUGGUCCCCUUGUAAACUAUUGGACUGAUAACGGUGUCGAUAUAUCAAUCCACCUCAGGACCGAAGACAUGGAACACUUAGUGGGCAGCAGCAACGUUGGCCUCCUAAGUCUAAGUGCACAAGGAUAA